AUGCGGUCAAACGCCUCCUCCAUCUCACAAAGCGGUGCCAGGAAAUCCAUGUCGCGCAUAUCCUUGGCGUUGAUCUUGGAGCACAGCACCAGGCCCUUGACGCCGGCCUCCUUGGCCGCAAGCACGUAUGCCACGCUGGACGCACCCCAACGGUGCUCAUUGACGGGCGGCACAACAAUGACGACGUCAGCCUUGCGGUACACCUCGACGAUCUUGUUGGCAUCGUCGACGCACAGCUGGAUGACCUCGGCACCGUCCUUCUUGAGCAACUUGAUAAACUUAUUUUCCUCAUAGUAGCCGACACACACGUGCUUGAAGUGCUUGUGGUUCUCCUUAAGCAUCUCGCGCGCUAUCACAUACCCGCUGUACAUAUCACCGCCAGUCACCAUGACGGACUUGUAGUCGGAGGCUCAAAGAUGUUGGCAAAGGUCUGCAUUGCUUGUUGAUUCUGGCUAAGAGUGUUUUGAAUUGUGUUUUGAAUGGUUAUCAAAAGUGAGUGUG